GGUUGCUGCAUCACUCGGUCUGCGUUUUGCACUGUCGGAUUUCGAAAUAAUGCGACGUAACAUGACACAAGCUCUUACAGCAGCAUCGUCCGAAACUCUCGAACAUCGUGAGGUCGCAUUUGAGUCCGUCGAGAGCGCUUGCGACGAAGAAAAUUUACAAGAUAGUACCGUUGUAGAGGAUUCGAAACAGAGUGAUACAGAUUGUGGGGCCGUCAGGCGGACAGAGCAGGAAAAUCAUUCAGAGCCCAUCACACAUGCGAGUGGUACAGCAAGCUCCUCUCCGCACACUAAAACCAGUAUAACAUCGAACGCAUUUGUGAGUAGUACCACGCACAAGAAUACAGUUCUGAGGCCAUCGCGGCCGCUGAGAUGUAGGAGUGCCGGGUGCGUGAUAGUUGAUCCUGUUACGGAUACUGUGGUGGGAACAGGGCGGGACUCAGAGUCCGACCCUCUUGCGCAUGCCGUAUUUGUCGCUGUCGAUGAUAUUGCGCGGUCUCAGGUAGAGAAAUCGGGACGGAUGACAAGGUCAAAGCCGGGCGAACCCUAUCUGUGUACUGGAUACGAUGCUUACAUAACAAAGGAACCGUGCAUCAUGUGCGCAAUGGCAUUGGUUCAUUCGAGAGUGCGACGAGUUUUCUAUGGCGUGAGUGAUAAAUAUAUAGGUGGACUCGGCGGACGAUAUUCUCUGCAUCUACAAGAAAGCAUAAAUCAUCGAUUUGAAGUUUUUCGUGGCAUCUGCGCGUCCGAGUGCGAAGACUUUCAUUUAAGGAAUUCCACAAUGAGGGAUUCAUCACAAAUGAAGACAGCAAAAGAUUGAAGUCGGAAGUACAUUGUGAACGUUUUUCUGGAUUAAAGCAACAUCAUAC